AUGCUGUCUGGGAAAGUAGCCCUGAUAACUGGAGCCUCUUCUGGCAUUGGAGCAGUCACCGCUGAAUAUUUUGCCAAAGUGGGUAUCGCAGGGUUGUGUAUCACAGGCAGAAAAGAAGAAGCAUUAUUGGAAACUUCAAAGAAAUGCAGUGCUGCUCUGGACAUGCUGACCCAGUGUCUGGCUCUGGAGUUGGCACCGGAAGUUAGAGUCAAUUCCGUUAACCCUGGACUUGUAGUUACGCCUAUACAGAGAAAUUCAGGAAUGUCGGAAGAAGACUAUAAAGUGUUCAUUGAGAAUUGUGAGAAAACCCAUUUGUUGAAGCGAGUUGCCCAGCCUGAAGAGAUAGCCAGUCUCAUUGCCUUUGUGGCCAGUGACGGAGCCAGCUUUAUGACGGGGUCUGUAGUACCUGUGACCGGUGGCAGACACUGCGUUUGUCCAAGAUAG